UUUACGAUAAAUUUAUAAUAGAAUUGUGCAUCUUAGGGGGAAUUACAGAAUUCAAUAAUCUAAUUUUAUUUGCUCUAAUCGUUAGUUUUUUUUUUGUUCGUAGUUGAAGAAAAGAGAGCUUUGACGAAAAAAUCAUCCUUUAGAAUGGCAAAGACUGAUGUGGAUGAUGAGUAUGGUCUUAAACCCUCUGAGUUAUAUGGAAAAAAUACAUGGAAGAUUAAGAAAUUUUCACAAAUCAGCAAAAGGGAGUUCGCUAGCAGUGUUUUUGAAAUUGGAGGCUACAGUUGGCAUAUUUUAAUGUAUCCAGAAGGAUGUGAUGUUAGCAAUCAUCUCUCAUUAUUUCUCUGUGUUGCAAACCAUGAUGAACUUCUUCCAGGCUGGAGUCAGUUGGCUCAGUUUACUAUAUCUGUGAUGCAUAAAGAUCCAAAGAAGUCUAAGUUUUCAGAUACGCUGCACCGGUUUUGGAAGAAAGAACAUGAUUGGGGAUGGAAAAAGUUUAUGGAGUUACCGAAGUUACGGGAUGGCUUCAUAGAUGAUUCUGGCUGUCUUACAAUUGAAACUAAAGUUCAGGUGAUCAGAGACAGGGUGGACCGACCUUUCUUCCUUGAUUAUGGUUACAAGACAGAAAUUGUUAGGGUGUAUUUUCGAAAUAUAGAGCAAAUUUUCCUACGCUUUGUGGAGGAGAGAAGAAGCAAGCUUGAGAAGUUGAUAGAGGACAAGGCCAAAUGGACAAGCUUCGGUGUUUUCUGGUUAGGAAUGGACAAAAACUCUAGGCGUGAGAUGUCUAGAGAGAAAAUGGACGUAAUCCUAAAAGGAUUUGUAAAACACUUUUUCAUGGAAAAUGUUGUUACAUCACCUAUAGCGAUGGAUUGCUUGUAUAAUGGGUUGAAGGAUCUUGAAGUCCAAACUAAGAACAAGAAAGCUAGCCCAAAACUGUUAGAUGACAAGGAAUUGCCAGCUCCGUUUGUUAAAGUGGACAGAGAUAUGUUCGUAUUAGUUGAUGAUGAUGUGUUGUUACUCCUAGAGAGGGCUGCACUCCUAGAGAGGGCUGCUCCAGAGCCAUUGCCUCCGAAAGAUGAUAAAGCUCUUCAAAACCGUAUUAAGGAGGACAAGGAUGAAGAAGAUAUCAACAAGGAAGCUUAUGAGAUAUGUUUAAAUGAGUGGGGUAGACGAACUGUGGAGAUAUUUGUUCUUGACCAUAUCUUUAGCAAAAUUGAGGUUGCAUACAAAGAAGCUAUUGCGCUUAAAAGGCAGGAAGAACUUAUCCGUGAAGAAGAGGAAACUUCAAAACGGAGCAAAGUGCUAAAAAAGGGUUUUGGGAAAUGUAGACUGAAUUAGAUUCGAAAUGUUUUCUGUGUUUUGCGUAAUUUUGUUUCGGUUUUCGGUAUUGAGAAAUCUAGACCAUAUGUUGAACCGAAAUUGUCUGGUUUGGUUAUUUUGCAGAAGUUUGGUUUUAUUUGGUUUAAAUUUAUUCAAAUAUGGAAACCGGUGGUCCCUGUAUUUUAAAAUUUAAUUUGGACUAUGAAAUGAUGGUGCACAUUAAGAUUUGUGGUUAGUAGUUGUGAAAGUUGGUACCGAC